AUGGACCGACGCGGUACAUGGGGAGCCGAGGCCGUCAAACACCGGCGGGAGCCUGCGCACCGGGACCGCAGCCGCAGCCGGGACCGCAGCCGCAGCCGGGACCGCAGCCGCAGCCGUGGCCAGGAUCGUGGCCGCGACCACAGCCGGGAUCGCUACCGCUAUCGCAGUCGUAGCCGUAGCUACAGCCCUGACCGUGGCCGUGGGCGCUAUCGCGGUCGUAGCCGUAGCCGUAGUCCCCCCUAUGCCGGCCGGAGGUUCACCGACGCCGGCCGCCAUGAUCGUGGCCGUCAUCGUGACCGCAGCCGCAGUCGCUCGCCCGGGGGCCACUACCGGCAGCCUCGCUAA